AUGGCAGAAUUCCUUCCAAUCUGUGAUAAUUUAUUUAAUGUAAUCUCGCUGGCUGCAUACUUUUGUGAUUGCGUUUUUGAUAUUGUUCUUGGAUAUGCUCUACUCGAGCGCGGACGAAUCAAUUUCUUUAUUGCCGUUGUACUCAUUAUCGCCGGAUCAUUAAUAGUAUCGCAGAUUGUGUCAUUAAAAUGGUAUUUAAGAAGUCGUAAAUUAAAUGCACCAGUGAAUAAUAAUCAAGAGACGAUAAAUGAAGAGGACGAGGACGAGGACGAGCAAUGUCCAAAAUCAAAAAUAAUGAAAUAUUCCGUUAUUGGGCUGCACGUGGGACAAUUGGGUGUUAUUUGGCGAUAUGCCAAACUUUUUGUGCCAGUCGAUUUAAGAUAUGUUAAGCACGAAGUUAGAGAUUUAUGUAUUUUAAGACUGAUUCAUGCUUUCUGUGAAGCAGCACCAAUGUUAAUUUUGCAAUGUUAUAUCCUAAUGACAUUGCAGACGAAUGAAGAUAAUAGUAUUAAUUCUAUUAAGAUUAAGACACUUGGUGGACAGCUAUCAACUCAUUUAGUGCAACAAUCUACGAUAGUGCAACAGUAUAGGCAGAAAACAUUCAAGGAUUUAAAUACAAUUUCUGCAUUUCUGUCACUUUUUAGUGUCGCAUGGGCUUUAGCAAGUUUUAGUAAGAAUGUUAGCAAGCAUAACGUUCAUCGAUUAGUUCUAACAUGGCUAGGAGUUAUUUUUCAAUUUUUCUGGAGACUAGGAACAAUCACGUCACGAGUUUUAUCUUUAACAGCUUAUGCAUCCGUUUAUAAAAAGUGGAUUUUCCUCGUAAUUAUUCUUCAUUGGAUAUCAAUGUUCCUGUGGCUUAUAUCUCCUAAAAAUGCAUUUCAUGGAGAACAAAUCUCGAGGAUUAAGAAGAUUCUUUUAAGUGGGCUAGUCGCAUUUAUUUAUAUCUUUGCAUACAUUAAUCUACAAGAAGCUAAUCACCGACAGAAAAUGAUGAUUUUCUAUAUUGUAAUGUUCCUUGAAAAUUGUCUAUUAGUGUCACUUUGGAUGGUCGGUAUUUGGCCCGAAAGAACUGAAAAUUGGUAUUCAAUUCCACUCUAUGUUCUCGGAACAUUUUUUGGUGGGAUUUUAAUUAUGAUAAUUUAUUACAAGUACUUCCACAUACGGCGGCUUGGUUAUGAAAAUGACGAUGGAACUGAUAAAUUUGAUAAAUGUCUGUCGUACUCGAAUGUCUGUCGAUGUAGCGACUCAAAGUCUAAUUAUUCAAGCAUAUUUUCAUGUGAAACUAAUUUUCAUCAUAAAAAGGAUAGAGAAAAUUGUGAGGACAAUAAAGGUAGACAUCAUCAUCAUGCACCGACGAAUGAGCAUCUUAAAGGCAUUUUCAACUGUAAAUUCUCUAAUCCUGUGCAUAAUGCAACAAAACGCAAAAAGAAGAAGCCAACAAGCUUUAUUCCACCACCAAACCUUAAUUUACAAGGAAAUAUGAAUAGUAUAAGUAUAAAUGAGAAUGUAAAGCAAACAACAAAUCCAGCAUUACAACCACAAAUCAAUAUGGGUGGACCAAUGUCAAUUAUACCAUUUUGGCGCCAACCACUUCCAAGAAAUAGCAUAGCAGGUGGAUCGAGUGAGACUGAAGGAAGUGUCGCGUCGUCAAGAAUUAAUAUUCAGUUGAAAUUGCAAGAAAAGAAGCAAAAGCAAUUGGCAGAAUUAAAGAUAAUUGAGGAAGAGAUAAAGCAAGGAAAACUUGGUCGUUCGAGUAAAAUGACGCAUGAUUCUUGUGAAAAUGAUGAAGGGGGAAACAUUUUACCUCGAUUACCAGCGCCAAGAUCAAAGAAGCACAUUGAUAUCGAAACAAUCGAUUUUAGACGUAAUUCUUCAUGCUCUGAGACAGACAAUAUGAAUAUUCUUUUGUAUCAGCUACAACAAAAGAGUGAAAGUACGGCAAUCAUGUAUAAUAAUUUUUCAAGCAAUAACGGAAGCAUUGCAGCCGCAUUAACAAAGUUUUCACAUGAGAUUCUUACAAAUAUAGGUGAAAGUGCCAAUAAUAAUAGCAAUAAUAGUUUAAGUAAUAAGCAACAAUCAGCGUCAUCGACAAUGACCAGCACAACAUCUGAGAAUGAAAAUAAUUCCUUAACACGACAAAUUGUGUCGACACGAAAGAAAAUACUUCAUCAUAAUUUAACAAAUAAUUUAAAUGUUCAGGCACGAGCCAGUCCGAGCAGUCGAAUAGGCAGUCCAAAUUGUCAUUAUGAUCAUCGACAGAGUGCCUAUAAUAGCUUAGAGGGAAAGAAAACAGAUACAAAUCGUUCCUCAAAUAGUAAAAAUGAGAAUAGUGGAAGUAAUAGUAAUAGUAAUGUAAAUACGAAUAGUAUUGAAAAGGAGAAGAGCUUAGCAUCGCAGCUUAUUAAGAGACAAAUGGCUCGAGGGAAUACACCUGAAAUUUUACUGACUCCUAGUCAUCUUGAUGGAAAUUCUCAUUAUUAUCAGCACAUUCCGACAGUUCCUGUUCGAAAUGGAAUUAAUGAUAAUUCGAAUAAUUACAUCAGUGAUUUUCGCAACAAUACAAACAACUUUACAAGCACAAACGGCGUUGGAUACGAAAGAGCAAUUCAUAUGGAUGAUGAGUGUGAAUCACCGAAUGUCGCCUCAGAUAUUGAUAGCCAGAUGUCAUUGCCGAGAUCAUACACACUGCCCAGAGAAUUUAAAUUCAAUCGACAAGGCCGAAAGAUAAUAAAGAAUGAGCAUUUUGUUGCAAGUACAAACAGCAGUGAUGGCGACGUUGACAGUUGCGAUGAUAAUGAAGAUAACGAUGACGAUUCACGUAAAAUGCCUGUUAGCCAAAGAAUGAGAAAUCGACGAACAAAUAAUUUGAACAAAAAUCGAAUUCAUUCUCCAUUCACCAACAUGAGUCCUAAUAUAAUCACCCAGCAGCAGUAUCAAAGUGCUUAUAAUAUGAGAGUUAAUCAAGUUAAUAAUCUGGACUUAAUUAAUGGAUGCAUUGACAAUCCUUAUGAUAUGGAAUCGAAUCAAGAGAGUCCUGCAAGACAAAAUCGAUCGAGGGUUUAUGCUCAUAAUCCGUACAAUCGACAUGAGACGAAGCUGUAA